CGGUGCCCGGCCUGCCAGCAGCGCCGGGAGGCGGCCGAGGCUCGCUGCCCGCCCCGGGUGGGGCUGGCCCGGCCCCCGGGUGAGGCAAGAGCUGCGGGGCCGCAACGGGACCUCCUCCCUCUUCGCUCCUGCCUCGCUCGGUGCUCCCGGUGGCUCAGGGCGGCGCGGCGCGAGACUCGGACUCGGCCCCAGCCGGAGGAUCCCAGAGAUGGCGAAGUACACGAGAGGCACCGUGACAGCCUUUGCUCCUUUUGAUGCCAGAGCUGAUGCAGAAGCCCUUCGUAAGGCCAUGAAGGGAUUGGGGACUGAUGAAGAAACUGUGCUGACGAUCCUCACCACCAGAAACAAUGCUCAGCGUCAAGAAAUAGCUUCUGCCUUUAAAACCUUAUUUGGCAGGGAUCUUGUGGAUGACCUGAAAUCAGAACUUACUGGCAAGUUUGAAACCUUGAUGGUCUCUCUGAUGAGACCAGCAUAUAUUUUUGAUGCUCAUGCGCUGAAGCAUGCCAUCAAGGGAGCAGGAACCAAUGAGAAAGUGUUGACUGAAAUUCUUGCCUCCAGAACACCUGCAGAAGUGCAGAAUAUUAAACAGGUUUAUCAGCAAGAGUAUGAGGCUGACCUGGAGGAUAAGAUCACAGGGGAAACCUCAGGCCAUUUCCAGAGGUUGCUGGUGGUGCUGCUGCAGGGGAACAGAGAUCCUGAUGUUGGAGUUGAUGAGGCUCUUGUUGAGCAGGAUGCUCAGGUUUUGUUCAGAGCUGGGGAGCUGAAGUGGGGAACAGAUGAAGAAAAGUUCAUCACUAUCUUGGGAACCCGCAGCGUUUCCCACUUGAGGAGGGUGUUUGACAAGUACAUGACCAUUUCCGGCUUCCAGAUUGAGGAGACCAUUGACCGGGAGACCUCUGGUGAUCUGGAGAAGCUGCUCCUGGCAGUGGUGAAAUGCAUCCGAAGUGUGCCUGCCUAUUUUGCUGAGACCCUGUAUUAUUCCAUGAAGGGGGCUGGCACUGAUGAUGACACCCUGAUCAGAGUCAUGGUUUCAAGAAGUGAAGUUGAUCUGCUGGAUAUUAGACAAGAAUUCAGAAAGAAUUUUGCAAAGUCCUUGUAUCAGAUGAUUCAGAAAGACACGUCUGGGGACUACAGGAAAGCGCUGCUGCUCCUCUGCGGCGGAGACGACGACUGACGGGUGGGGGACGCACAGCUCUCCUUGUCCUCCAGCUUUGCAGCCCUUCAUUAGCAUGUCUGCCUGAGGUUUUGUAUCUAAAUGCUUUGUGGCUGCUUGAAUUUAUACUAGGAUUGCACUUAGUAAAAAGGAGCGCAUUGCUAUCCCUUCUCUUCCCCAUGUCCCAACUUCCAGGAAUUUCAAGUGCCUUCUGUGAUCUGUGAGAGUCACCUUUGUGGAAGGUGGGUGCUGAGCACAGAACCCAGUUCUUUACAGGUGUUUUGCUGAAAUAGGAAAAUUAAUCAUGUAUUUCACAAUAAAUUCAAGAUGAUCCUUUUUGCUUUUUAUUCCUUACAUGUCCAUUGAGUGUUAAGCUAAUUCUAACAUGGCAAGCAAGGAAAUCCUUUGUAUGUAAUAUUGGAAUGAAUUUGCUGAACAUAUUACAAGCAAUCAUUGGAAAUCUAAAGGACCAAUAAAUUUUUCCCCUCUCA